AUGGCAGGGUGGAACGAUCUACCAGCAGAGAUCAGGCUGAUGGUCCUGCGGAUGGCCACGAACGACAAGAAGCUGUCGAAUUAUACCACCGUGUGCAAAGAAUGGCAGCCCGUCUUCGAGAAGGCCAAUUUCCGCGCCAUCACCUUGUUGGAUGAUGAAGUGUCCGAGCUCAACAACAUCCUCCAAGGCAGGCGGAGAACGUGGCUUCGUCGCGUCUGCUUCCACAUCAGGCUCCCCCGCUACAGGAAGAAGCUAUCCCGCGAGCCCGAGACCGAGGAGGAGCAGGAUGCAAACAACGCCGCCUUCACCAAUUCCCUCUGGCAUCUGUUCGAGGUACUCGCCGCCUGGGACCGUGCUCGAGUCGAGUCCGGACCGAGCCCCGGCCUCGAGCUGGAACUGCAGGUCUAUUCACCCAGCGACCCGAAGAAACUGACGGGCGAGGCUUUAUUGAGGGAUGAUGGAGAGAACCGCUUCUUCGACUCGGAUCUCGAUCUCGACUUCGACGACAAGGCGUCGCUCGGCGGCCCCUGCGGACUCCCCGAGGUCGAGUCAGUCACCGGUUUCCGGUUUCUACGCCGCAACCGCCGUAGCCUGACACCGGCAGCCUUUCUCUUCAUCAUCUCGAGUCUGCCCAGCCUGACCGACAUCAAACUCGAGCCGUGGCACCAGGUGGACCAACACGGGCAGGAAACCCUUGAUCGAGAAUCUGCCGUGCACAUGCCGUUCUGGCCGGCAACGCUCAAGAAGGUCAGCAUAUUCGAGCACUUCGAUGCCUUUCGCCGCGAUCCGGAAGAAGUCCAGGAAAAAUGCCCGCAACUGGGUCGUAAUUUGUACAGACUUAGCCUUCGCCUCGAGGAGUGCUACAUCGCCAAAUUUGCCGAUGCUUGGGACUUCUUUGAGCCCUUCUUUGGCCAACAGCCCAGUCCCGGAGUCCGAGGCUGGGACCACCUCUGCCGGCUGUCACUGACAUCGACUUUCAUCGAUGAGCGGGAAGAUGGCGAGUCGCUCAAUGCGCUUCUCCUAGCCGCGGGCCGCGCCGCCCGGUACAUGCCCCAACUGCGCCUGUUCGAGCUGUGGAACGCCGAGUCGUACGGGGCGGGUGUGUUUCUCUACUCGGGCAUCUCGGAGCUGGCGACGUUGACCUGGAAGAGCACCUGGGAGUUCAGGAUGGAUGACGGAGUGAAAGCAAGGUGGAGGGAUGCGGCGCGCAAGCAUGCUGGAAAGGACCUCGUCGUCGAGCCCGAGGAACUGCUGGUGAACUACAGGGGCCCCAUGAGAUUCAUCCAUUUCAAGUUGGCCACCCGAGGUCUGAUCCUCGACCCGACCUCCUCUACGGAUAUGAUGGGGAAGGCGGCCUUUCCGCCUUCGGUUUGGUAA